GGCGAGGCCGGGGCGGGCCCGGGGCCGGGGCGGGGAGCGACGGCCCCACCGGGCGGUGAAAAGCAGCCGCGGGGGCACCGGGAGCUCCGCUGCCGCCAUGAGGGCAGCGCUGGCCCCCGGCAUCCGUCUGCUGCGCGCCCUGCCCCGGGACAGCCGGUACCGUGGCCUGACACUGGUGCUGACCUUCCUCUGCUACACCAGCUACCACCUCUCCCGAAAGCCCAUCAGCAUCGUCAAGAGCCAGCUGCACCCCAAUUGCUCUGCUUUGGACCCAAACCCCCACAACAAAUCCAACAGCAGCACGUGGUGCAGUUGGGCACCCUUUGAUGGGGACAACUACAAGGAGCUUUUUGGAGCACUGGAUAAUGCCUUCCUGGUGGCCUAUGCCAUCGGGAUGUUUAUCAGUGGGAUUUUCGGGGAGCGCCUCCCCCUGCGCUACUACCUGUCAGGGGGGAUGGUGCUGAGCGGGCUCUUCACUGCACUCUUCGGCCUCGGGUACUUCUGGGACAUCCACGUCCUCUGGUACUUCAUUGUCAUGCAGGUCUGCAAUGGGCUGGUGCAGACGACAGGCUGGCCUUCUGUCGUGGCAUGUGUUGGGAAUUGGUUUGGGAAGGGAAAGAGAGGUUUGAUCAUGGGCAUCUGGAACUCGCACACCUCCGUCGGGAACAUCUUGGGGUCGCUCAUCGCUGGUGUCUGGGUUUCCUCAGCCUGGGGCUUAUCCUUCAUCAUGCCUGGCAUUAUCAUCGCUGCUGUGGGCAUCAUCUGCUUCUUCUUCCUUGUGGAGUAUCCUGAAGACGUCGGCUGCAGUCCACCUCUGCAUCACAUGGCCUCUGAUGAGGAGGAUGCUGGAGGAGUGACCACCAAUGGGAAGGAUCCUGAAGCGGCCACCUCCAACGAGGGGUCACUGAGCACCUCAGGCCAGAGCAGCACAGAUCGCACUGACAGCCCCAAGGAGGCAGCUGAGGCGCCCGAAGCCAUCAGCUUCCUUGGGGCACUCCGGAUACCUGGUGUGGUGGAGUUCUCCCUUUGCCUGCUCUUUGCCAAGCUGGUGAGCUACACCUUCCUCUACUGGCUGCCCCUCUAUAUUGUGAACGUCGCUCAUUUUGGUGCCAAGGAAGCCGGGGACCUGUCAACCCUCUUUGAUGUCGGGGGCAUUUUAGGGGGUAUCUUUGCCGGCCUCAUCUCUGACUACACAGGGGGCAGAGCCACCACGUGCUGCGUGAUGCUGAUCCUCGCCGCUCCCGUGCUGUUCCUGUAUAACCAUGUUGGCCAGAACGGCAUUGGCACAUCCAUAGCGAUGCUGAUUGUCUGCGGCGCUCUGGUUAACGGGCCCUACGCGCUCAUCACCACGGCCGUGUCAGCAGACUUGGGAACCCAUGAGUCUCUCAAAGGCAAUGCCAAAGCCCUUUCUACUGUCACAGCCAUCAUUGAUGGCACAGGAUCCAUAGGUGCUGCACUAGGGCCACUGCUUGCAGGGCUCAUCUCCCCCACGGGCUGGAAUAACGUGUUCUACAUGUUGAUAGCAGCGGAUGUCUUGGCUUGCCUGCUCCUCACUCGCGUGGUGGUCAAAGAGGUCCGCGGGUGGUGUGGCUACAUGGCGAGGAAGAGAGGCUCUAGUGUGCAGCUGACAGAGUCAGUGCUGGAUGGGAAGUAGCUCGGUGUGAAAAGACCAUUAGUGUGGGUCUUGCGCUGUGGUUUAAGGAGUUCUGAUGGAUCCCUGUGAGCCGCCUGGAGGGAGCAGAGAGGCUGGAGCACGCCAGGAGCGUGUUCCUCUCGGCAGAGCCGAGGCAUAGCCCCAUGGGCUCCUGCUGCUGCCCUGGGCUGGCUUCGGAGAGAGGAGCAGUCCCUGGGCCUCGGCACAGCAGCUUUUUGGGCUGAAUCUUCACUUUUGGCCAUUUUAUUAAUAAAAAUGUGCAAAGCCUG